AUGAGAAUUGGUCCCUGCCCAAGUCAGAGGAAUAGAGAUUGGUGGCCUGGAUGCUGGGCGCUGCCUUCUGUGGUGAUUCUGUCAACGUUGGGCCCCCUCUUUCUCCUUUCACCAACAGCCCGUGGUUCCAAGGCUGCAGUGAUGCCCAUUCCAGAUCUACGGCUGGUCAAUGGGCGCAGCCGGUGCCAGGGGCGUGUGGAGAUCUUCUACAACAAUACCUGGGGCACGGUGUGUGAUGAUGACUGGGACAUCGUGGAUGCCAACGUGGUGUGUCGCCAGCUGGGUUGCGGCCACGCAAUAGCAAUGCCGGCCACCCUCUUCUUUGGCCGGGGUCACGGGCCCAUAUUCCUUGAUAAUGUGGACUGCAAAGGGCGGGAGACAGCCCUCAGCGAGUGCGGCAGCCGUGGGUGGGGCAUCCACAACUGCUACCACUACGAGGAUGUGGCUGUCACAUGUAAUGAGCUGCUGCCCACACAAGCUGCAAGAGACCCAACUAGCAAAGCAGCCACCCCCUCACUUCAAAAUGGAAAAAGAGAUGGGAGCAUACGAUUGGUGCGUGGAGCCAAUUCCUGCCAAGGCCGAGUAGAGAUCUUGUUCAAAGGAAACUGGGGCACGGUUUGUGAUGACGACUGGGGGCUGAGUGAUGCCGGUGUGGUGUGCAAGCAAAUGGGUUGCGGCCACGCCGUGGACUACAGGACCAACGCCUACUUUGGCUAUGGCACAGGCCACAUCCUCCUGGACAAUGUCAACUGCGAUGGAAGCGAGCCACAUCUCUCAGCUUGUUACAGCCUGGGCUGGGGCAUCCACAACUGUGGCCAUCAUGAGGAUGCAGGGGUCAUCUGCUCAGGACUUGGGUUGACGACGGUCACGCCAAUCACCACCUCAUUGGCCCCCAUCUAUGAAGACUCAUUCACCGACACAGCCGUGGUCACAGAUAGCCAAGAUCAGGCCUCUCCUGAGACUGAAAUGAUGACUACUGCCUUUCUGCUGCUGGAAAAAACAGGUGGCGGCCUCCGACUGGCAAAUGGAAACAGCAGCUGCCAGGGCCGGGUGGAAGUCUUGUAUGGGGACACCUGGGGGACCGUUUGUGACGAUGACUGGGAUUUCCCCAAUGCCCAGGUGGUCUGCCGGCAGGUGGGCUGUGGCUCAGCGCUGGUGGCCACCGUGCUGGGGUACUUUGGCUAUGGCACUGGACCCAUCCUUCUGGACAACGUGGAUUGUUCUGGCACAGAAACCGACUUGGCCGAGUGCUUUAACCUGGGCUGGGGGCAACAUAACUGCGGCCAUCACGAAGAUGCUGGCGUCAUAUGCAGAAAUGCAGGUGUGGAAGAAUCGGAAUAUCAUUUCCAAGAAGACAGGUUUGCCACCACCACUGCGACCACAACUCGUCCCAGGGAUGGUUCUCUGGGGUCCCAAUUCACAGGUUUCCUGCGUCUUGUCAAUGGCAGCCACCGCUGUGAAGGCCGGGUGGAGAUGUUCUACCUGUCGCAGUGGGGGACGGUAUGUGAUGAUGCCUGGGACCUCAAGGACGUGAAGGUGGUGUGUCGGCAGCUGGGCUGUGGGGUUGCUUUAGCUGCCUCGGGGGAAGCACAGUACGGCCAAGGCACUGGCUACAUUUUCCUCGACAACCUCAAGUGCAAAGGCGACGAAUCAUCCCUCCUGCGCUGUUCCCACAUCCGCUGGAACGUGCACAAUUGCGAUCACUCAGAAGAUGCUGGUGCCCUCUGCAACCUACUAUGA